UCCCCAGGCUCUCCCGAUCCGGCGGCGAACUAAGGAGGCGGGGAAAGCAACGUGCGCUUCGCCAUGGGGCAAGGCAAGAUGCCCGCCUGCCCCCUGCCAUGAGCCCGGCCCGCUCCCCUCCGCCUCUCUGCCCAGCCCAACCCUGCCCAGCCAGAAACAGCGGGGGGCGGGCGGAGAGGCUCGGAGCGCGCAGGGAGGCGGAGGGCGAGCCACACAGGUAGCCGAAGAGGUGGUGGCGGCGGCAGUUGGCGGAGGAAUCGAUCGCCGCAGCCUGGCCCCGAUGGGCGAGCUCGAGGCGGGGGAAAAGCUCGGCCCCGGUGCGCAGUCCUCUCCGGGAAGGACUCGGAGCUGCGAGCAGCAUCAUGCCGGAGCCGGGCGGCGGCGCCGAGCCGUGCGUGCUCUGAGCAGGCUGGCCCGGCGCCUCUUGCAAACUUUGCGGGGGGCGCGGCAGCAGCGGCGGCGGCAAAGCGCCGAGGCAGAGGACGACGAAGGCGGCUUUAAGCGCCCGCCCGGGCCCGAGCGCGAUCGUGGCCAAGCAGGUGGCGGCGGCGGCGCCCGGCUCUCAUGGGGCGCGCUGAGCCGGCUCCCGGCUGCCGGUUCCGGGGAUCCGCGCCCGCUCACUCCCGGCGCGCAGGGACUCAAGAACCACGGCAACACGUGUUUUCUGAACGCCGUGGUGCAGUGCCUCAGCCACACAGAAUUGCUCGCCGCCUUCCUCCUGCUUGCUUUCCCCGACCAACAAGAGCCACCCGGACCUGGAGCCGGAACCACCUCCGGAGAGGUCACCCAACACUUGGCAGCGCUUGUACGCGCGCUCUGGACCCUUGAGUAUACUCCGCAACUCUCCGCGGACUUCAAGAAUGUCGUUUCUAAAUAUGGCACACAGUUCCGUGGAAACUCGCAGCACGAUGCCCUGGAGUUCCUACUGUGGCUGCUGGAUCGCAUGCAUGAAGACUUGUGUUCUGUGUCUCUUAAUCAAAAACUGAAGGUGUCUGGAAAGCUUCCGCCUGGGCAGGAAGAGAGCUCUAGCAGUGGGAAUGCUCAGCCAGUUGUCCAGCCUCUCAAGUGUCAGAGCUUUGUGCAGAACCACUUCCAAGCACAAUACAGGUCCUCCUUGACUUGCCCUCACUGUCUAAAGCAGAGCAACACCUUUGACCCCUUCCUGUGCAUCUCAUUGCCCAUCCCCUUGCGCCAGACCAGGCCUUUGAAUGUCACUCUUGUCUUCCAAACCAAGAGCCAGCGAUUUGUGCGUGUAGGCCUGGCUGUGCCUCUCUUCAGCACUGUGGCAAAGUUGAGGGAAAUGGUGGCAGAGGAAGGCAAGAUUUCACCUGAUCAGGUGAUCCUGACCGAGCUGGGCCACUCAGGAUUCCGGUGCUCCUUCUCGGAUGAUGAGGAUCUGAACACUAUUGCAGAGGGUGACAGCAUCUACGCUUUCCAGGCUCCACUCUUCUUCAGCAGGACCAGCUCUUCCCGCCUCUCAGGUUGUCCCCACAGUCUCCCAUCAUCUCCCAACUCUUCUGAGACAGAAGGCCAGUGCUUGGCUCACAACGGGGCCGUUUCAUCAGAGUUCUUGCACCAUGGUGGAGGUGGCAGAAUCCUGCUCCUUGUCUGUAAUGUGGCUGGGGCAGGGCAACAGGCUGUGAGGUUUGGUCCUCCACUACUGAUGCGAGAAGAUAGAGCCAUGUCAUGGGAUCAGCUGCAGCAGUGCAUCCUGGGCAAAAUUCGCUAUCUUAUGAGAAGGGAGGCCCAAGUGCAGGCUACUGGGAGGCUGUUCCAGGUGCGAGUGGCUGGAGGCUCUGCACUUUGCAGCUACCUCUCUCCUCAGGACAGCUGGCCUCUCUACCAUCCAGCGGUGGACAGAGCACUCAAGUUUGGUGGUCCUGGUGGUCCUGCUCAUGUGAAGCUGGUGAUCGAGUGGGAUGUGAACACCAAAGAAUGCUUGUUUGGCAGCAUCCAGGAAGAAGUGGUUGAGGAUGCAGAAAGUGUGAGGCUGAAGCAGCAGCUCCACCAACAGCAGCAUAGCUGUACCCUGGACGAAUGCUUCCAGCUCUACACCAAGGAGGAGCAGCUGGCCCCUGAUGAUGCCUGGCGCUGUCCCCACUGCCAGGUGCUUCAACAGGGCAUGGUAAAGCUCAGCCUAUGGACACUGCCUGAUAUCCUCAUCAUUCACCUGAAGCGUUUCCGGCAGGUGGGCGAGGAGCGCCACAAGCUGUCCACACUGGUGCACUUCCCCUUGCGUGGGCUCGACAUGGCUCCCCAUGUGGCUAAGCGCAGCCGCGGCAGCAAGUGGGGCCCCUGGAAACACCCCACACUGGAAAAUGGCCAUUGUAACUUCCUCUAUGACCUGUAUGCUGUCUGCAAUCAUCAUGGCAGCAUGCAGGGUGGACAUUAUACAGCCUACUGCCGCAACACCUUGGAUGGUCACUGGUACAGCUAUGAUGACAGCACUGUGGAACCAGUCUUGGAGGAUGAAGUCAGCACGCGCGGAGCCUACAUCCUCUUCUACCAGCGGCACAGUGUAGUUCCAAGCUGGUCUGGUGGAAGCUCUGUUAGAGGUUCCACCAGUUCCUCCGUCUCUGAGCACUGGCUGGCACGGCUCAGUGGAAGCAACAAGCGAGAGAGCCUGGUGUCCCGGAGCUCUGCUACAUGCCCAUCUCUGACAAAAAUGCCUGACUCACCUACCCCCACCAAUGCCAGCACCGGCCAGGAGAAAGGUGGCUUUGAGUCACGACCCCUGGUGCGCGGUGUGCAAGGCAGAAGCAUCAGCCUGAAAGCUUCCCCCAGUAAGGCCAAACUGGGAGUCCCCAAGCAAAUGCCCUUGCGUUGGUCCUUCAUAUCCAAAGAGUGGCCAGCAGAGCCUUCUGGGGAGCUCGUUGAAUACCUGGAGUCUGGUCGCAGACCUCGGUUCACAAAUGAGUCCAUUGUCCCUCUCAUGACCAAGGACGGGGAGGAGAAUGGGCCUUCACUCACCAAAGCCAAAGCCAAUCCGCUCACGGGCAAGGGCACCACUGAGAGCACCAGCAUGGAAAACACAAGCACCCUGAAAAGAGCAGGGAAGCCAAAGGAGGAUGUAGGCGAGCAGCCACGGACACCCAAGAAAUUGGUGCUCUCUCUCAGUGCGGUACCUCCAAUAAAAGAUGAGGAGCCCAAGUACAAAGUAAACAUCAAUGGGACCUUGCGCACUGGGACAAAUGUGCCCCCACCCAGCUAUCAACCCAAGAGCAGGGGAAUCCAAGACCAAAAGGUCAGGCACUGUGUUGGAGAGAGGGAGCCUGAGGGUGAGAGGCAGCCAGAGGGGAAGCUGGCUGUCUUCAGAGCUGGCUUCCUGCGGAGGGACCCCAAGCGGCACAGUGAGUCGGACAGGCAUGGUGCCAUGCUGCCAGCCAUGGCAUCUUCCCGAGUGUUUCUCUCCAAUGGUACAUUGAGUUCCAUUAAUGGGAGCAGGGCAAGCAGCUGUGCCCUGGGUCGCAGCUCCACAGAGGGGCUGCCCAAUGGGCGGAUCUGCCGUUCUGAGUUGGACAUCAAACAUGCUCAGAGCUCCUGCAGCAGCAAGGGAAGGAGUGACUGGUUGCUGAGCAGGUCAUCCACCCUCUGCAAGGCAAAUAACAGUGUCUCCUUGCAGAAUUACACACCACCACUAGCUCUAGAGGGGGUUUCUUGUGGCACCUUCCAGCGGGCAAGAUAUCACACGGCGUCCCUGGGCAGGAGAAUAGCUGUACCCGAAUCCAGCUUCUGAGCUAGCCUAUGGUUCCAUCUGCAGAUACUGAAAGAGUGCCACCUCUGGGUGCUUGGAAGGUCUCGAGGCCUUUGGAUAAGAUCUGCUGACUGCUGGAAAGUUUGGCUGGUGCUUGUUUCGCAAGGGGUUCUCACUCAACCAGCAGUCACCAAACUCACAGGGUGCUGAGUGACAUCAUUGUGUUGAUGGGAAUGAAGAUGCCAGAGAGGGCUUGUGGACCAUGGGCUUAGAAUGGGAGGGGGGAGAGAGGGGGGGGGAGAGAUCAGGUGGGAGAGUCUUAGAGUGAAAAGUAUUUAUUCUGUACGGAGAGAUAGUUUUACUGAUGCUGGAAAGAGGAUGUGCUGUGUUGUGACAGCAGUUAUUUUGCUACCAGGUAAUGGGGAGGGAAAGAAUAGGGGAAGAAUCUAAACAAUGCCCUAUGCAAUAAUCCCAGCUUUUCUAUUUUCUGCAGAUCUUUGGGUUUUACAGAUCUAUUUGUUAUUAAAAAUGUCUCAAAUGAGUGGCGAGCCUCAAUGGUUUGGGGAAUCUGCAAUGGA